GCCUCCUCCUCCUCCACUAAACAUGGCGCUGACCCGCAGCUCUGCUGCUUCGCCGACAGACGACGUAGAGAGGGACAGAAGAAGGAGAAGAAGAAGCGGGCAGAAACCCAGCUUGAACGUGUUUUAAAAAAAACUCUUUUGAAACGAACACAACUUCACGGCCAUUAAUAUUUCUGCUGGAGACUUUCCUCGCUGCGUCUGAAAACGUGUACGCGUCAGGCUGUGCGCGUAACGGAGAGCCCACCUGUCCGACGAAGGUUGAUUUCACUCCGUUUCUUCUGCGAUGUGAAUCUUCCUGAUUUCUGUGAACUAACGGCGUAGUCAGAGGAGCCUGACGGGUAACUCGGGGUCACAGAUGACUCGGGUAUGAACAUGUACAGCCCUCCGAUGACCAGAAACACAGAGGCUGAAGAGGACUGAGGCUUUCCAGGGAAAAAAGAAAAAAACAACUUUUUCCGCUCUUCCACACGGAGAGGAUGGAUGGAGAACAUUUUGCGCUGUCAGGAGUUGAGAGAGAAAGAGAGAAGCUCCCACCAAUUUACAACAGCUCCCCUCCUGCUGGUUUUGGGAGAGGAGCAAAGCAGCCGUUUCCAUCUCUGGGCACCUUCAUCUCCACACUGAGCCAGCGGAGGGACGCAGUGGGGCGGGGCCUGACUCGCGGCAUGACUGGCACCCUGACCAGCACCCAGUGGCUCAGACAUGGGAGAGAGCUGCCUCCGAUCUGCAGUGACGUUCGUCAAAAGCAGCGGCUCUCCAUUGACACGUUGCCCCCCGAGGUCAAAGCGCCGUUCCCCUGUGACCCCAUCAUCCCCUUACGUACCAAGACCACCAAGGAGUUUCAAGAGGACAUGGAGCAUGCCGUCCAAUCAGGAGACUGGAGGGAGGUCCGAGAGUUUUACCUGACCACCUUUGACUCUUUUAUAGAAAUCAACGCUGCCUUUAAGCGAGAGGCGAACGGAUCAUUUAACACCAUAGACGACUCCGGAGUCAACGCCAAGUUUGUCAACGCUGUUUACGACGCACUGCUUAGCACACCUCAGGAUAUCCAGAAGUCAGUGUUGAAAGGGAUCAUCAACAGCCUGCUGAGGGAGUGGAAAGGGCCUCGGACAAAGGAUGACCUGCGAGCUUAUUUCAUUCUUGUUCAGAACCCCCAGUACUCCAGCACCAGUACGUACGUGAUCUACGCUCACCUGCUGAGGCAGAUUGCAUCUCUGUCUGAGGCCGACCUCCACUUCCUGGUUCACUGGCUGAAAAAGCUGUCAGCGAGGCGGUUCAGGCAGCUGGUAGAGCGCCUCCUGCAGUUCAUCUCCACCCGUCUGUUACCUGCAGAACCAGAUGAGCUUCCUCCCCUGGCAAAGUGCUCCUGGUGGGUCCCCUCUGCUACCAAAGUCCUGGGUUUGUUCAAUGCAGCCAACAGUGUCUCCUCUCCUCCCAUAAUGCCUUUCACUGACUUCUACAACAUCACUCUGGAGCACAUAGACUUCAUGGAGGAGUACAGGACCUGGCAGAACUAUGGCAACUCCAAUAGAUUUUCCUUCUGUCAGUUUCCCUUCAUCCUUUCGACUGUGGUGAAGAAAGCCAUCAUCCAGAAAGACUCGGAGCAACAGAUGAUCAGUCAAGCCAGGCAAUGCCUGGUCAGUAAGGUUUCUCGCAGGCAGAGAGUGGACAUGAACCUUUUGUUCCUCAACAUUAAAGUACGACGAGCACAGCUCCUCAGCGACUCACUGGAUGAGUUGAUGAGGAAGAGGUGCGACCUGAAGAAGAAGCUCAGAGUGACGUUUGUCGGGGAGGCCGGGCUGGACAUGGGUGGUCUGACAAAGGAGUGGUUCCUGCUGCUGGUCCGACAGAUCUUCCACACAGACUAUGGUAUGUUCACCUACAUGAAGGACUCGCGCUGCCAUUGGUUCAGCAGUUGGAAGUGUGACAACUAUUCAGAGUUCCAGUUGGUUGGCACUCUGAUGGGCUUAGCAGUUUACAACAGCAUCGCUCUGGACAUCCAUUUCCCCCUCUACUGUUACAGGAAGCUCCUCACUCCACCCACUGCACCAUGUGACCAAAAUGCCCUUGUUGGCAUGGCAACUGCCACCCUGGACGACCUGCAGCAGAUCAUGCCGGAGCUGGCUCAUGGUUUAGGAGAGCUGCUGAGCUACGAGGGAAACGUGGAGGAAGACUUCUACCUCACCUUCCAGGUGUUUCAGGAGGAAAUGGGCAUUGCUAAAUCCUACAACCUGAAGCCUGGGGGAGAUAAAAUCCCUGUCACCAAGCAGAACAGGAAGGAGUAUGUCCAGCUCUACGUCGACUUCCUGCUGAAUAAAUCCAUUUAUAAACAGUUUGCUGCCUUCUACCACGGCUUCCAUAGUGUGUGUGCCUCUGAUGCUCUCAUGUUGCUGCGGCCAGAGGAGGUGGAGAUGUUGGUGUGCGGGAGUCCCGAGCUCGACAUGAGCGCUCUGCAGAAAGCUGCUCAGUAUGAAGGAUACAGCAAGACCGACACCACUGUACGGUGUUUCUGGGAGGUGGUGUUGGCCUUUCCUCUGGAGCUGCAGAAGAAGCUCCUCCACUUCGCCACAGGAAGUGACCGCGUUCCUGUUGGGGGAAUGGCUGACCUCAACUUCAAAAUCUCCAAAAUUGACGUCCCAAAUGACUGGUUACCGAUCUCUCACACAUGUUUUAAUCAGAUCUGUCUGCCUACAUAUCGAACCAGAAAGGAGCUCAAACACAAACUCACCAUCGCCAUCUCCAAUGCUGAGGGCUUCGGCCUGGAGUGACCAGCUCUGGCACACACAUCUAUACACAUACACACACACACACACACACACACACACACACACACACACACCACCUACGCACCUUAUGUAUCUCUUGGGACUGUAACACAAGUUUGUGUUGAACUUGUCAGAUUGCUGAUGUUGAACUUUUGUGUUAUUUACAGUGAAUAAAAUGGGCAGAAACGCACACUUAACAACUGCACAAGAACAAUAGAAAUGCUUUUAUUUGGUCAGUAUCAAGGCAAAAUCAUACGAACAAACUCCGAUUUUUUACGUCAGUAGAUCCCACAUAAAAUAAACAACUUUGAAAUACGUCGUUACAGUUCUAGAAAUUACUUUUUAAUUGUUUGGUUCCAAAUCCAUUGAAAACAUUUCUAUCGUGGUGUUAAAGUUUCUAGAAAUUUGUGUAACCAAAAAGAAAACUGUCACAUUUCAAUGGGUCACUGGUUUUCUUAGGUAAUUCUUAUUUAUCAAUAUUAGUAUUUAUUCAAACAGAGAACCAGAUAUUUGCCCAGCAUGAAACUUAUUUAUGUGACAUUCUGCUCAUUGGAAGUAAACUAUGGGUACAUCUGAUCAAAGAUGAUUCAAAUCCCAAACAUUUAUUUUUCUUAGCGUUUUAGCCCCAUGGACUCUAAACUGUAUUUUCAUGGCAAACUUAUAACCAAGUUAAAGCCAUGGGCUGUUUGUGAGACAAAAAUAAAUCUUUAGUCUUCAGCCCUUAACCUUUUCUGGGAUGGUUUAUUUAAAAAAAAAAAAAAAGAUGAAUGUAAACGUCGCAGACUAUCAUUAAAUUCAGAAGUGUCUACAGGCCACAGCUGUAUCACAAUUAUAUACAUGUUCAGUGAAUUGGGCUGUAUUAAAUCACAGUGGGAAUGCAGAAGGAAGCCUUAACCCUAACUCUACCCUGCAGAAGGAAGCAACCUGGAAGUUAUGGGCUUUAGAUUCGGAGCAUGUCUUUGUAUGUGUGUAUGUGGUAGGGGUCUUUGUGGCAGAAAGAUAAAACUCAGCUUGUGUCUUUGGCUUUUAUUUAUGUUGUCAACAACGUUUUAACCAUAAAGUCAUGAUUGAGUCGCCCGAUAACUUUCCAACUUCUGAUCAGAUGUUGACUGUGAUGUAUUUGUGUUGUUUGUUAACUUAAUGGAGAAAGAGGUUUCUUAAAAACAAAAGACAUGAAAAAAAACAUUUUCCAAAGAAACCGUGUUUUAAAAUGUCAUCAUCUAUACCGAGAUGUAGUCUGGAGUUGAAAAAGUUGAAUACUCUAGUAUUCAACAUGUAUGAAGUUUUUAAAAAGCAGUGCUGGAAGUAUUUUUAUGUCAGCAAUAAGUUACAGAACAACAUGAAGGUAAAACGACAGAGUGAGAACCGUUCUGAGUUGUAUAAAAUGUAUAUUCCUGUUUGGUUUGGAUUCUGACUUCAUUGCUUUUGUGACUUUUGAACAUAUUUUUACGAAGGCAUAGGAAAUGUGUUUUAUUUUGUCUAGCUUGUUUGCAGCACACUGUUGGGAUGUAAAGCUUUGUGUAUUAUGAGGUAUAGAUUGUCUCGUGAAGAGUUGGAUGUUGUUGUUUUUUUUGACAUUGCUGCCUCUUGUUUUAUUCUUUUUUGUUAACAAAAGGCUGCAGCAGAAAUGCUUUUAAUGUUGUAUCAUGGUUGUACCGGUGAAACCGAGUAUGUGGUAUGUGGUAUGUGUAUGUAUCAGUUCUCUUAUGUUCUCUUAAUGUAUCAUGGCCGCCCCGAGGAUGGGAGAGGACCAUCAACCAGCAGCCAGAAGCCUGCAGAUGUUCAGUUGAUAAACAAGCAGAGGAAACGGGUCGAAAGAAAAAGCCUUUUAAUGAAUUUAAUAAAAGCUCCUGUUUCUGGAA